UAAAAAAUUUGUAAAAUGUUGCCGACUGAUAAAAGGAAUAUAAGGCAACACGCACGUCAGUAUCCGAAUCAGAAUCCGAAUCAAAUUACAAAUCAGACAGCGCGUCGAGCGGUUCUCAGACUCAAAACUGGAAGACUCAACAACAACAGUAACAGCAACAACAACAAGAUGAGCAAAGCAGAUCCGAUUUCGCUCAGCUUCCAUGACUCCUGUCUACGCAUGUCCGACGUCCAGCUGCUCCAUGGACCGAGAUGGCUAAAUGAUCAGAUCUUGAGCUUCUAUUAUGAGUAUCUGUCGCAUGCCAAGUACAAGAACAACAACGAUGUGUACUUCAUAGCGCCCGAGGUGACGCAGUGCAUGAAGUAUAUGGACGAGUCCGAACUGGAGAUGAUCUUUGGGGAGCACAAUGCUGUGAGCAAACCAUUCAUAUUCUUUGCCCUCAAUGACAAUGGCACAACCGAGGCGGGAGGCACCCACUGGUCACUCCUUGUACUCUCCAGGCCGGAGAAGACGUUCUAUCACUUUGACUCUUAUGGCAACAACAACACGGAGGUUGCCAUGGAACUCAUGAAUAGGGUCAAGGAACUGCUCGGAGUGCGACAGGCCAAGUUCCGUCCAAUGAGAUGCCUGCAGCAGGCCAAUGGCUACGACUGUGGCAUCCACGUCAUCUGCAUGACCGAUCACAUAGCUGACUAUAUCAAUCGGUACGAGGUCAUCGAGGGACUGCCUCUACUGCACACGGAUACGGUCAAGGCGAAGCGGGCAGAUCUCCUUAAGCUGAUCCUCUCCCUGGGCGGCAAGGAUUAAGCUUCAAUAAGUUGACCUCAUAAAUGUUAAUAAUAAUAUGAUAUUUUUACACAUACAAAAACUGAUGCUCAAUAUAAAUACGAUAUUGUUAA